UUCAAUUUUUUCUACGUCUAAACCGAAUACUGCUCUCCCUCCCCUGCUAACACAUCACAAGCAACACUUUCACACAUUUACAUUCGCGCACAGCCGCCGCCCCGCCCCACUUCACUGGGCUUACGUCCAUCGUGACGCCGCUGCUGCUCUCAAUCGUUCCGCUGCUUCUUCUCCUCUGUCCUGCUCAAGCACUUCACUGCUGCUCUCUCUCGAUACUGUCCUCCUUGCCGCUGUCGUCCUCCUUCAAUCGCCGCUGCUUCUAUCUUCUAAAGUCACGACGCAGGUAUAAGCAUCGAGGUUUGGAUCUGCAAGAUAAGAUAAUAUUGUGUGGUUGGUUAUGGGCAACCUCUUAAGUCGAUAAGGGGAAUCUCUGUACAAAGAUCAAGCAACUAUGGCACUGAGAUUGGUGAGCAGGAAGUUGGGUAGCAGAUUUUUCUCUAUCCCUUCUUCCUCUUCUCAACUGCAUUCACAUGCCACAAGUUUUGGAUUUAAAGAAGUAAAGGAAGAAGAUAAAAGUCAAUUGGUCAGUAACGUCUUCAGUAAUGUUGCCUCCAAUUAUGAUCUUAUGAAUGAUCUGAUGAGUGGUGGAUUGCAUAGAUUAUGGAAGGACAGAUUGGUCUCCAAACUAAACCCAUUCCCUCAAAUGAAACAUCUUGAUGUGGCUGGUGGGACAGGGGAUGUUGCUUUCAGGAUCCUAGAAACUGUUAAAAGUAUCAAAUAUAGAGCAAUUCAAGAUCCUCUGGAUGAUCAUUUACUAGAAGAAACUCAGAUCUAUGUAUGUGACAUAAACCCAAACAUGUUAAAUGUUGGCAAAAAGCGGGCUAUAGAGAGAGGUUAUGGAGAAGACAAAUCCCUUGUAUGGGUGGAGGGAGAUGCUGAAGCAUUGGGUUUUCAAGAUCAAUCGAUGGAUGGUUACACAAUAGCAUUUGGAAUUAGGAACGUUACACAUAUAGAGAAAGUUCUUUCUGAAGCAUAUAGGGUAUUAAAAAGAGGAGGAAGAUUCCUUUGCCUUGAACUUAGUCAUGUGGAAGUUCCUGUGUUUAAAGACAUAUAUGACUACUAUUCAUUCUCAAUCAUUCCAGCCCUAGGAGAGCUGGUUGCCGGUGAUCGGGAAUCUUAUCAGUACUUAGUUGAGAGUAUACGUCGUUUUCCACCUCAGACAGGGGGACGGUCUACAAGGAAUGAAGACACAACUCAGGAUCUCCAUAGGCCUACGGUAGCCGACUGGCCCAGCUCCUGUUGGUGGCCGACUAGUCACUUCUCUUAAAGAGUCUUAGGAACAACUUGAUUUGUUGCAGGAGGAGAUAUCAAUAUGUUUCGGAUGACACACCCCCCUAAAUGAAUAAUUUAAAGGGAAUUACAGAUGCCUUUAGCUUACUUCUAUUUUACACUAAUUUAUCUAAAUAUUAUUUUUUGAAAACUCUAUUAAUGGAAAAUUACAAUAUGGUUCUUGAGAUUCUAGGACUUAACGGGGGAGGGGGAGAGAGAGAGGAUGUGAUGAUUAGGAGAGAGAGAGGAUGUGAUGAUUAUAGUUGUUGCUAUAUCAAUUGCACAAGCUAGGGAAUAAUGACUGGGGUAAUUAGAACCAACUACUUGUUUAUAUUUUUUUUUUUUCUGAUGUAUAUAUGUUAUUAAUGA